AUGCACGGGCCCCCAGUGAGGCGAACGUUACACGUGAGAGUAUCACGUGAGACUCUUUGUGGAUCAGACCGAUGCGCAACGCACGGAUAUGGCUUGGCACUUGAGCUGAGCGUUGGACAAGGCGAAGCUACAAAAAUUCGAUGGUGUCAAGAGAAUGGCAUCUUGUUGGCGAGACCGAGUUUGACCUGA